AAUAAAACAAAACGAAUACAAAUAUGAUAUACGUUAUGUUCGUCGAUGAAAAUAAAUAAAUAAAUAAAUCAAUCAAUCAAUUCGGUAAAAGAAAUAAAAGUAGACGUGUGUGUGUUUCGUUCGCAGAUUCGAUUGGUAGAUCGUCGUCGAGUAUUUGGAUUGUCAAAGUUUGAGAAAGAACGGGGUUGAAACGGGAGAAGUUCGGAGUGCGUGUAAAAGGGUUGUUUGAUCAUAGUGGAGGAAACGGGGAUCAUCCACAAUGCCCCCCAUAAUAGGGGAAACACUACGCGUGUGGUUCCUUUCGGCGUUGGUGGUCCACGGUGCGGUCGCCGGAAAUCCGGACGCGAAACGUCUUUACGACGAUUUGCUGUCAAAUUACAACAAAUUGGUCAGACCAGUUGUCAACACGUCAGACGUUCUGCGCGUGUGCAUCAAACUUAAAUUAUCCCAACUCAUCGAUGUGAAUCUGAAGAAUCAGAUCAUGACGACGAAUCUUUGGGUGGAACAGUCAUGGUACGACUACAAGCUACGAUGGGAGCCGAAGGAAUAUGGCGGGGUUCAAAUGUUACACGUACCCUCGGAUCACAUAUGGCGUCCCGACAUAGUACUCUACAACAAUGCAGAUGGGAACUACGAGGUGACACUGAUGACCAAGGCCACUGUCUACCAUACAGGAUUGGUCGUAUGGCAACCGCCGGCUGUUUAUAAGUCUUCCUGCUCCAUCGACGUUGAGUUCUUUCCGUACGACGUACAGACCUGUGUUUUGAAGUUAGGCUCCUGGACCUAUGACGGUUUCAAGGUCGAUCUAAGGCACAUGGAUGAAAAAUCCGGAAGUAACGUGGUGGACGUGGGAGUAGAUCUUUCAGAAUUCUAUAUGUCGGUUGAAUGGGAUAUUUUAGAAGUGCCUGCAGUACGAAACGAAAAGUUUUAUACGUGCUGCGACGAACCAUACCUCGAUAUAACAUUCAACAUUACGAUGAGAAGGAAAACACUUUUCUAUACCGUCAACAUCAUCAUACCUUGUAUGGGGAUCUCUUUUCUUACCGUUCUGACGUUUUAUUUACCAAGUGACAGCGGAGAAAAGGUGACCCUUUCCAUAUCAAUCCUCAUCAGUCUUCACGUAUUCUUCCUCCUGGUCGUUGAGAUUAUUCCACCAACAUCGUUGGUCGUGCCACUGCUUGGGAAGUACCUGAUAUUCGCCAUGAUACUCGUAUCAAUAAGUAUAUGCGUAACCGUUGUCGUUCUUAAUGUCCACUUCCGGUCACCCCAAACACAUCAAAUGGCGCCUUGGGUUAAAAGAGUCUUCAUUCACAUUCUUCCACGUUUAUUGGUGAUGAGAAGACCUACCUACAAAUUCGAUACGAAUAGGUACACAUCUGGCAGAGUACUGAUGAGAACGGUUAGAGGGAAAGAGAAAACUUGCUAUUACCCUUAUCAUCCGUCUACUCACGAUGAGUCCGAAGAACAUUUUACACCUAAGAGGUUCCACAGUCGACCAACUUCCAAAGAGGAUCUCUCACCUUCGAGGUAAAUACCAUGGAUUCAUUGAAAAACCUCUUUUCUUCCUUUUUUUCUUUCCCUCUCCACCCCCCCCCUCCCCUUUCCU